UUUAUUGGUUUUACUUGAAAUAAUUAUGAUAACAGGAAUAAUGUGACACAAUCAAACCCUAAAAGCACCCAGGCAAGGGCCAGGCAGAAGUGGUGACAGGAGAAGACAAGUGCGUCUCUACUCGCACACUAAAAACAGAUUAGGACACUGAAUAAAGAAGACACAGAGGACUAUUAUAAAGUCUUGUAUAUUUUACACUCAAGAACAGAAGCAGCUAAUUCCUGUCACCAACAGAGCAAUCAUGUCUAGUGUUAGAUGGGGAGCUAGGUCAUUACGACGACUUUUGUCCGUCAAGAAUGCAAAUAUUGUAAAUAGGAAUGGUGUGUUGUGUGUACGUAUGCUAGAGCAUAGGACCGAGAGAUGUUCUUUAGUGUUUGUACGACCCAUAUCCUCUACUACACUGUGCUACCAGUCCUCUACAGGCCCUCCAACAGACGGUAGUGGUGGCGAUGAUGGCAAUGACAAGGACACACAGAAGAAGAAUGAUAAGAAUCAGCUAUGUUGCCCCAAAUGUGGUGACCCUUGCACUCAUGUGGAAACGUUUGUUUCUUCUACUCGCUUUGUGAAGUGCGAAAAAUGCUACCACUUCUUUGUUGUCUUGUCGGAAGUAGACUCUAAGCGAAAGAAAAAAGAAAAGAGAGAAGAUCCGAGGACUAAUUUCAACCGUAGACCUCCUCCACCCCCAAAGAAGAUCUAUGAAUAUUUGGAUAAGCAUGUUGUUGGUCAGGAGAGAGCCAAGAAGGUGUUGAGCGUGGCUGUAUACAAUCACUACAAACGUAUCUACCACAAUAUCCCACAGACAAAAACUGAUCCUCUACACCUUGACUCUGCCAAUAUUCCUCAGGGACUUACCAAUAGGGAUUUGCUUCACAUUGCGGGCAUCAGCCAGAGUCAUGCAUUAGGUGUGAGUGGCUACCAGAACUCAGACCAGCAUCAGCAACAGCAGGACCCCCAGCAACAGAUGGAACAGCACCCACAUUCCAGACGACCCCUGUCCAGCAACUCGCACGGCUCGGACAUCCUCGACGCAACCACUCACAGUUUAAGGCUAGAGAAGAGUAAUAUCCUUCUUCUUGGACCCACUGGUUCAGGUAAAACCUUAUUAGCUCAAACCAUAGCUCAGUGUUUGGAUGUUCCCUUUGCCAUAUGCGACUGUACGACUCUGACUCAGGCGGGCUACGUGGGAGAGGACAUUGAGUCUGUGAUUGCCAAGCUGCUUCUUGAUGCUAACUACAAUGUGGAAAAGGCACAGACUGGUAUUGUAUUCUUGGAUGAAGUGGACAAGAUUGGAGCUGUUCCGGGUAUUCACCAGCUGCGUGAUGUGGGUGGAGAAGGCGUGCAACAGGGGAUGCUCAAGAUGCUUGAAGGUACAAUUGUCAAUGUGCCAGAACGCAACUCUCCCCGAAAGUUACGUGGGGAAACGGUUCAGGUUGACACAACCAACAUUCUUUUUGUUGCUUCUGGAGCCUUCAAUGGUCUUGAUCGUGUCAUAUCAAGACGGAACAACGAAAAGUACUUAGGCUUUGGCAUCGGAGGGCAGUCGGCGGGUCGGCGAGCGGCAUCGCAGGCGGACGUGGCUCACCUCACAGCCAGCACAGAUGCAGAGGAAGACAAUCAAGAGAAGGAUGCUCUCCUGACCAAAGUGGAAGCAAGGGAUCUCAUUGAAUUUGGAAUGAUUCCUGAGUUUGUUGGGCGGUUUCCUGUACUGGUUCCAUUCCACUCAUUAACUGGCAUCAUGUUGGUGAGGAUCUUGACCGAACCCAAGAAUGCUCUCGUUCCUCAGUUCCAGAUGCUGUUUGGCAUGGACAAGGUUGAGUUGAGCUUUACUCCUGAUGCCAUGGAGGCCAUCUCCCAGCAAGCAAUGGAGAGAAAGACGGGAGCCAGAGGUCUUCGUGCCAUCAUGGAAAACCUCCUCUUGGAUGCCAUGUUUGAGAUUCCGGGAUCGGAUAUUGUAAGCGUGCACUUGACAGGUGAAGCAGUGAGAGGAGAAGCGUCUCCCAUAUACAUCCAUGGUCAGCCAGUCUCUCCAGAAGAUGACCAGGAAGAGGAGCAAGCACUUGCUCAGGCCAAGUGAGAAGAGGGGGACAAUAGGCAGUUUAAGUUUUUAAGAAAGUUAAGUUCAAGUCUGCAGCCAACUCGUCCUGAUUCGAUGUUUCCAUACAAUAUAAGUUUCCUAUUUGUAUAUAAUUCUGUUCCUAUAUUGAAUAGUAUUUGCAGUUGAUUAUGUGUGGUUAUUUUAGUAUGAACAGCGGUAGCUCCUGCCAAAUAGAUGUAUUUUGCGAAUUUGAGAGAUUAUGGCACUUGGGGUGGUGAGAAAUUAAUCCUUUGAUCUAUAUGUACUGUAUUUCUAUAAUAGAUCUGGAAGAUGCUAAUCUUUUCUGAAAGUAUUAUAGAAUAAAAACAAAAAUUUGUGUGUGCGCACGUGUACAUACAUGUGUUUCUCUCACACACACACACACACAUACACACUAAAACAGCAGUCGCCAGCCUUUCGGAGCUCACGGAUCACCAAAUUCAUAAUUUUAAAUCCCAUGGACCACUAAUAUGAAUCCCCUGGUCCACCAAACAAGAAAUGAUAGUUAUUAAAGUCAAACUAUUUGAUGCCAUUAAAUAUAACAAUUAUAGAAAAUACACAGUUACAUACAAUACACAAAUAAAAUUGUCUCGAGGACCACUGGUUGGAGACCGCUGCACUAGGAUACUUUCUAAUAUAUUUCUGGCACCUUUGUUUCCUUAGCAUAAAUCUGUAUCCUCUUGUUCUUGAAGUUGCUGGUUUCAGGCAUUCCUUUUUGUCAGUUCGAUCAAUUCCUGUUAGUAUUUUGUAAGUGAUGAUCAAAUCACCUCUCUUUCAACUAGAAGAUUGAAGAAAAAGAGAUGAUAUGAUCACCACUUACAAAAUACUAACAGAAAUCGACUAAAUUGACAAAGAGAAAUUCCUGAAACCAGCAACUUCACAAACAAGAGGACUCAUAUUCAAGCUAAGGAAACAACAGUGCCAAAAAAUUUUAGACAGUUUUCUUUUGCAAACAGUGUGGUAGACGGUUGGAACCAGCUAAGUGAGAAGGUCUAGAGGCCAAAACCAUCAGUACUAGUACUGUAUUUUCAAAGCACUAUACGACAGAGUGCUGGGACACCAUGAGCAUAGCUCUCAUCCUGUAACUACACUUAGGUAAUUACACACACACACACACACACAAUAUUUAAUCUACUUUUCUUAUCUCUCAUUAUUAAUGAAAUAAGCUAUUUUUGAAAUGUUACAUAAGCUGGAACUUUGUUAAAGGUGCUUAGCAUGAGUUAAGAAGAAUGUGGUGAAAUCAUGAGUCUAGGGAAACGAGAAGGGACGCCCUAAGACAGCCAGGUAAUGUAAGCUAGUUCUGCGCCAUGCUAUAUUACUAACUUUUAAGCCUCUGUAGUUCUCUUGUGGUUUAGUGGUGUAAUUAAGCAGUGUUUGGCUAACCAACUAAGAAAAUUCAUAAGCAGAAUAAUAGCUUGAAUUUCACAGAAAUUUUUCCAGCAAUGUAACUGAAAACGGACAUGUGCGCGCACACGCCUCGUGUCUUUUAAGAAAUGAUGUGAAUCAAACUUAAGACUCGUUGAUUUCAAGAAUUGCUACAUUUGGGUUAGUACACUGUAAUCGGACCAAGGUGGCCGAAUAUUUACACGAGGCUUGUUAUUGUGACAAGCUUGGCCCUUGUACGCGUCAUUUCCAGUGGGUCCCCCGUGGUGGCCCCGUCUUUGGGGGCCGUCGACGAGACCAACAAGAACAUUCAACACUGGAUUUAUUGUAAUGAUUUCUGUGCCAUCCUUGUGAGAACUCUUCUAAAAGUUAUUUACAAAAAAUCAAGAAUAUGCCUUUUUUUUAUAUAGAUAGUGAAUAAAAUUGCUGAAUUUUA